AUGGCGAUUGAUACAGCUGAAGGUAAAAUGAGGUACUUGUACCCAAGCGAGACUUCACGCCACGCCGCAACAAUUUUAGGUUUUCCAUCCAAAUUAUCCAUCGCUGCAGCAUACUAUGAGAGCGCAUGCUUCGAGAUCACUAGCCUAGCCUCUGCAAUCUCCGCAUUCGAGCCUGUCCGUCUGUUCACGCGCCCGGAAGAUAUCUCCAAAGCACAAUCUCUGCUUGAACAGAGCGACACUAAAUACUCCAGCAACAAGUCCAGCAUAACCAUUAUUCCCUCCCUAACCAAUCAUCUCUGGGUACGGGAUACAGGGCCUGUCUAUGUCAAUUUGUUUGACGGGAGCGACCGCCAGACUCGGUUUGCGAUCAACUUUCGUUUUAGCGAAUGGGGACGUAAAGACGCCAUUGGCCUUGAUGACCGCGCCUGCGACGGGCUUGACUGGCCAGUGAUGCAGCCAGCACAGCUUGAAGAGAAUGCAACUUUCGCGCAGCGCGUCAUUGCAUCUGAUCAGUCACCAUCUCCAGUAAUUCUCGUCGAAUCAAAAGUCUGCCUUGAAGGCGGCGCGUUAGUCGCUGAUGGUGACGGGACACUGCUAGCCACGGAAAGUAGCAUUCUCAACGAGAAUCGCAACCCUGGGCUAUCACGAUCCGAAAUCGAGGAGGAAUUGCGCCGCUUGCUAGGAGUCGAAAAGAUUAUCUGGUUUCCUGGCCGCAAAGGUCUCGACGUGACAGACGUCCACGCUGAUGCCGAGGUCACCUUCAUUCGACCAGGGGUCGUGGUUCUCUCCCGGCCGCAUCCUAGUGCCCCGAGGGUAUGGGUUGAGGUCUUUGAGGAGAUACAAGCUACUUUGCGAAAUACAUUGGAUGCAAGGGGACGUCAUUUCGAAAUACAUAUUGUCGACGAACCUGAUCCAACUGUCUUGGGCGAUUUGACGUAUGACGAACCAGCGACGAACUAUGUUAAUUGUUAUUUCGUCAACGGAGGCUUGAUCCUUCCGCAAUUUGGGGAUGCCCAGCGAGACCAAGAAGCUCUUGCUCUUUUCCAGGUCUUAUGUCCAGAUCGCGUGGUGCAGCCGGUGCAUGUGACUGGGUUACCGCUGGCUGGGGGCGUUAUCCACUGUUCGACACAACCAGUCCUUGCAACUGGGGAGUGUUGA